AGAGCCGGCAGUUUGGGGAAGACGGACCUGUACGCCGGGGGGCGUGGUUUGUGAAAUCUCGGCGCCUGGACGGCGGAAGUGAGAGGACAGAGGUCGCGGCGCAUGCGCUUCUAAUCCCUCCUUCCCGACCCGGCUCAGACAUGGAGAGGAAGGUGCUGGCGUUACAGGCGCGCAAGAAGCGGGCCAAGGCUAAAAGAAGCGUGAAGAAGCCGGCGGAGACCUGUCAGCGCAGGCCGGCCCCGCAGCCUCCCUCAGACGACGAGGAAGAGGAGGAGGAAGAGAUACUAGGCAGCGAUGACGAGGAACAGGAGGACCCCAGUGACUACUGCAAAGGCGGCUACCACCAUGUGAGGAUCGGGGACCUCUUUAGCAACCGCUACCAUGUCAUCCGCAAGCUGGGCUGGGGCCACUUCUCCACUGUCUGGCUGUGCUGGGACCUCCAGGCCAAGCUGUUUGUGGCCCUAAAGGUGGUGAAGAGCGCUGAGCACUAUACAGAGACCGCCCUGGAUGAGAUCCGGCUGCUGCGCGCGGUGAGGGACACGGACCCCGCGCACCCGGGUCGGGAAGUCGUGGUCCAGCUCCUGGACGACUUCAAAAUAUCUGGCGUCAACGGCUCCCACGUCUGCAUGGUCUUCGAGGUCCUCGGACACCACCUGCUGAAGUGGAUCAUUAAGUCCAAUUACCAAGGGCUGCCGCUCCCCUGCGUGAAGAGUAUCAUCUGUCAGGUCCUCCAGGGCCUGGACUACCUGCACAGCAAGUGUAAGAUCAUCCACACGGACCUCAAGCCAGAGAACAUUCUGCUGUGCGUGGACGACACCUACGUCCGCCGGCUGGCUUCCGAUGCCACCCAGUGGCUGCGCUCUGGUGCCCCGCCACCUUCGGGAUCAGCGGUGAGUACGGCACCGCAGCCUAAGCCCUCCACCAAGCUGACGAAGAAUAAGAAGAAGAAGCUGAAAAAGAAGCAGAAGCGCCAGGCCGAGCUGCUGGAGAAGAGGGUGCAAGAGAUGGUGGGGAUGGAAGUAGAAGCUGUAGAGGGUUCUCAGGAGGCCCAGGAACAGAAGGAUAGCCCAACCCUUCAUGAGGGGUCAGAUGUGAAUGGACUGCAGAAUGAGGCAUCUGAUACCCCAAUCAAUGAGGAUAUAUUGUCCCCAGGCGAUGCACCUCCUUGCAAAACGGAGACCAGCCAUAAUGAUGAUUUGGAUGAGAGUUUAUUGAGCCAGCCACCUGUCCCGCACAAGGAACCAGAUGAGGACAAGGAGAUUUGCCAGUCUCAAGCAGGUGACAUAUGUGAAGAACAGAAAGAAACCAUCAAAAUGGAAGAGAGUGAGGAAAGGCUAGUAGGAGAUGGUAAAUCAAAAGCUGCCGACAUUUUAUUAAAUCCCCUCGACCCCCAGAAUGCAGAAAAGAUUAGAGUGAAGAUUGCAGACCUUGGAAAUGCAUGCUGGGUGCAAAAGCACUUUACAGAGGACAUUCAGACUAGACAGUAUAGAUCCCUGGAAGUUCUCAUUGGCUCUGGCUACAGCACUCCAGCAGAUAUCUGGAGCACUGCUUGCAUGGCUUUCGAGUUGGCGACAGGCGAUUACCUGUUUGAACCGCACUCAGGUGAAGACUACGCACGUGAUGAAGACCACAUCGCCCUGAUCAUCGAGCUGCUGGGCCAGAUCCCACGCAAACUCAUUACGGCUGGAAAACACUCCAUGGAGUUCUUUACUAAAAAGGGAGAUCUCAAGCACAUUUCAAAGCUCAAGCCCUGGGGUCUGUCUGAGGUCCUGAAGGAGAAAUACGAGUGGUCUGAAGAGGAUGCCUCAGGAUUUGCAGACUUUCUUCUGCCCAUGUUGGAAUUAGUCCCUGAAAAGCGGGCUACUGCUGCCCAGUGCCUGCGUGACCCCUGGCUACAGUCCUAGAGACAUUAAGGCAUGCUCACGUUCGGACACCAUUCGUUCGUAAAAGGGCUAUGUUUCAACCUACAGUCGGGGGGUGAACAUUUUAUUUCACUGAAGCAGUGGUCAGAAAGUUUAAAUCUGUUACGUGUCAUGUAUUCCUAUUACCAUGGCAUCUAUGGCAGAGCUGUUGAUAGACAAGGAUGGCCUUGUUUUAGGGUUGAAAGCUAGAGAUUUGGUGGAAAGUUUCUCCAGUAGUUAACGCUAUCCUUGGUUACGUUCAGUUUGGAGAGAAAAAACCAAGUCCUCUUAUUGCGAUGCUGACAUGGACUCCUGGACUUUUUCAUCUUUAUAAUGAUCCCUUUUUCAUAUAUUUUUAUGUGUCCAUGUUUGGGCUACAAUGCUCGUCCUGUUUCCAUCUUUUUUUUUUUCAUAGCAUCCAUGACACAAGUUAAUAAUUCCAUUAAAGCUGCAUUUUUCCAUUUUCACGUUAACAGAAGCGGUCCGUGAGAUCAGCCUUUAGAGAUUACCGUAAACACUACUAAGAAAAAUAUAUAGCAAGUUUUCAGGACUGCUGGAAGGAGACCUGAACGCUUGUUAUAGAUUACAUGCAUCAUCUCUACAUACAUACAUACAUACAUACAUACAUACAUACAUACAUACAUACAUACAUUUAUGUUGUUGUUUUAUGCCCUUCUAUUGCAAAAGCAGAAGACCUCGAUUUUUUUAAAAGAAUGUUAAUUUGUUUGUUUAUACCGUGUUCCCUAACUGCAUUGUGAUUUCAGAUAUCACAGGUACCGUCAGUUGGGCAGUCCGGCUGUUUUACAUCACAUUUGUUCCAUAUCUUUCAUUAAUGAAACAAUUUGCUGUAAUUUUGACGUAUUAUUGGAAGAAUUUACAUAAUAAAUACUAUUUAGUGCUAAAAA